AUGCCACGACGACGCCGCCCCCCGCGCGCCGGCGCCCUCUCGGAGCUCCAGCCCGUCAAGAUCGCCACGCAGAUCGCCACGCUCCAGGCCCUCUUCUACGCCGCCGCCGUCGUCCUCAUGCUCUUCACCGCCCUGGUCGCCGGCAUGCCCUUUAGCCUCGACCUGGUCUUUGGCUGGGACCGCGUGCGCGGCGACACCACGCGCGGCUGGCUCCUGGCCCUGAUCUGGGUUCUGGACGGUGGGCUCUGCAUGGCCGUCGCCAUCGUCGUCCUCGUCGCCCGCAGCAAGCUCGUCCCCGACUUCGCCCUCACCGUCCACUUCCUCCACCUCGUCCUGACGACGCUCUACAGCCGCGUCCUCCCCCGCAACUACAUGUGGUGGAUCGCCAUGCUCGCCUCCGCCGCCGUCGCCGUCUCCUUCGGAAUGUGGGGGUGCCGCUACCGCGAGCUUCAGCCCGUCUUCUUCGGCGGCGGACGCAUCCUCGGCUCCCGCGCCGCCGCCGCCGAGCAGGGCGAGAAUGCCCCGCCGCUCGACGCCGACGACGCCGACCCCGGCUUUGCGAGCGGGAGCGGCCGCGGCCGCGGGCCCGACGGCGCCGGCGCGUAUGAGAUGGUGCACAUGAAGCAGGCGACGUAG